AUGAAGGAAGGCAGCACCAAGGAGAGACAACGUAAGCGUCUGAUGUUUGCGAUCCACAAGCUGUCCAAAGGCUUGGGCACUCGCGAGGAGGACCGGCAAUGGCGAUGCCGUGUUGCCGCAAGUCUCAUCGCUACCUACAUCCAAGAACUCCAACUGCAUGGUGCAGAUGCGACACAGAGCUUCCUGGUCAAAAAGGCGGCCCGACGUGGCAAGGUCGUGCUCCCUUGGGCAACACCGAGUCGCAAAUCACGCAAGGGUCAGCUGCGACAAGGACGCCGGGCUUCAGGACCCACGGCCAACCAGCCCAGCAAGAAGGAGAAGAGAGUUCUGAGUCUAUUCCAGCAGGCAUUGCUCAACAAGGCUCUCGAGGGCGCCAAGAAGCGAAAGAGGAGGAACAAGGCCACUGACUACCGGCAACGCGAGUUCCCCGAGGAGCCAGUUAACUACGCCAUGAUGUUGCCAGGAUACUCGAAGCGCAAGCCCGCCAAAAUCACUCAAGAAGAUAACGACUACUUGCGUGACCUGCUGGCCAACAGGAACCGACAGAACAACCAGCUGCUCGACAUCCUUGCGACCCACGGCAUCUUUCCAGACAUCAACAAUCAGGACGAGGAGGUCCAGGCUGCCGUCUCGGCUGAAGACUACAACAAUCCAUCUGGCCGUCCUUCCAUGUUACCCUACAGAAAGAAGAUCCACGACUGCUUGACCAACAUCUCCAAAGGGGAGAGUCGCGAGCACGAGUACCUCCACGAAUACGCCAAUGAGCGUGCACUCCAGCUCGAGCGAUCCAUCGCAAGACUCAGAAAGAAGGAGAGGAAGGCAAAGUCUCCCAGAGAGAAGAAGAACCACGCCACUGCCAGGGCAUUGCGAUCCGUUGAGCGACGGUUUAUGAUGGUACUUGCUGUCGCCACUGGCCAGUUCCUCAGCAAUGAUGAGCUCGAUGGCGACUCUCUCUUCAUUCCCGAGACAUAG